UAUGGCGGAGCAUAUUCCGGCGCCGGAGGCUCAGGUCAACGGCGGAGGAACGCUCCCUCCGGCGAACCCCUCCGAGCAACUAAUCGCAUCGAAGCGCCAGAGAAGGCCAAGUGUCCGAUUGGGCGAUAUCGGAGGAGACCAACACUACGAUACGCACCCUCGACGGAGCACCAAGCCAUGGCGGAUCCCCUUCGACGGCCACCACCAGCACCACCACAUCCGCAAGGACAAUCCAGGUAAACCCUCCAAAACUCGUCCUUUAACCAAUUUGAGCUCCGGUGGCGGCGCCGCAGAGUUCGGCGAAACCCUAGAGGGCGAAGAGCGCGAAGGGAACAUCGAUAGCGUUGUGAUUGGUAGCUGGAAGGUGAAGGAUUCAAAGAAACGAGGAGCGAAGAGGGUUAGAUCGAACUGGGUUUCGAGAAUCGACGACGGCACCAGCGUCGGCGGUGGCGGUGGCUCUGGCGGUGGAGAUGGAGAUGGAGAUGGAGAAGGAGAAGAUAAGUAUAGUGGCGGCGAGGAUGUCGACGACGGGUAUCGGGAUUUCGAUGUGGAGAAUACAGAGAGCCCUUUGAAGGAUCAAAGCCCUUUGAAUUCAAUGGAGAAUCUGGAUUUUCAGGGUAAUAGGAGGAACAUUAGGGUUAGGGUUUCAGAGGGUGCAAGGGAGCACCUUGAUGGGGUUGAACUUUCUGGGCCUUCGGAUAAUAACGGUAUUGUUAGGGAAAAUAAUAAUAGGAAUGGGAGAGGAAGGUAUAUUGGUGACGGUAAUGGUGAAGAUGGUGUUAGAGUUUGGCUCAAUGGGUUAGGGUUAGGUAGGUAUGCACCUGUGUUUGAAAUUCAUGAGGUGGAUGAUGAGGUUCUUCCAUUGUUGACUCUUGAGGAUCUCAAAGAUAUGGGGAUCAAUGCUGUUGGGUCAAGAAGGAAAAUGUACUCUGCAAUUCAGAAGCUUGGAAAAGGGUUCUCCUGAGUUUUCUUUUUUUAUUAUCUUUUCUUUUUAGAUUUAAUUUCUUUUUGGUUUAUAUCAUGUACCAUGAGAGAAUUCUCAGCCAUUGCAAAAGAAAAUUAAGAUACAUGUCUGAACUAUGAGUUAUAGAGUAUGUUCUUCCUUCUUACAUAACUUAUGAUUAGGCCCCCUUCACAUGUUAUUUGUUCAAAGCAUGCUUUUCACAUGUUCAAAGUAUAUAUGGCUCUGCUAAUUUUGUUGAAAAGUGGUUCUGUUUUUUAGCUAAGUCAAGUGAUUCUGGGUAAUGAUUCUAAGGAAGAAAGUACUAGUAAUCUUACAGGGGAUGUGGGGAAAGAUUUUGCACACAAGUGAUAACAAAAAGGAAUUCCGGUUUGAUUUCUCCAUUCUAUCCAAAUCUUCUAUACUUCUAUGUUGGUACUCAUUUUGUAUUUGUAGAUGUGACAUUAUUUUGAGUCUGGAAGAGCUAUUCCUGGGGAAUCAGUCAAAGACAAUUUUGUUUCCUUAGCAUAAUGAUUCAAGGUAAUAUUCUUUGGUUAAUUUAGCUGUAUCAACUUUAUUAUCGACUUUGCAGAUUCGAACGUAGUUUGCCAUGCUUUUAUACCAUUAUGAAUUCCGUCCCCUUUAACUAAGUUAAUAUUGUUUGUCUGAAUUCUUAGUGACUGUUUUUGAUGUUGGA